AUGACGUCCCGAAUACCUUUCAAAAAUGAUGGCAGUUUUAUGGAGAUUUUUAAGCAACUUCAAGCUGAACAGGAUCUGGCAAACAUCAGCGCAAAUGUUGAUGUUGGUACUCCAGCGACUAACAAGAAUACAUUUUCAAUCUUGGACGCUCCAUUCUCUUUAGAUGUGGUUCUUCCUAAAGUGUUGCCUCCCGAAGAUCAAAAAGCCAUCAUUGCGAUUGAAAGCCUGAUCAUGCGUCUUGUUGGCUUACCCCAGUCAUUAGCAAAAUUGGAGGUCGCCAAAUUUGAGGACAGCGUGCAAUACUGGUUUCUUACCGUUCCGGACUCGGUUGAAUGCAAAUAUUUGCAAAAAAGGUUGCAAGAAGAGCUUAUUAAGAGAUCGAAGACCUCGGUCGAAGAGGAGAUUGAGGCGUGUAAGGUGGACUAUAAGCUCUCCGACAUUCAGCUUCCCCCUGAAAAACCUCCUGCAAGAACUGUCUCUCCUAAGGCAUGCGAUGUUUAUGCGAAUGUUACGAAAUCGGAGCCCUCGUCUUUAAAGCCGCUGGAGAUACCUGCUCCUACACGAAAAAGGAAAUCUAGGUGGGACACCGAACAGACGGCCAAAUCUGAAGGCCUGAGUGAGCUUUCCCACAAUGAAGUUUUGGCGUCCGCCGUUGCAGCAGCAAAGGCUGCUGCUCAGUUAGCAGCAUCAAACAAUAAGCCCGCUCAAACGAUUUGCUCUAAUGUACGACAACUUACUGGUGGAGCUGUUCUCAGUGAUGAACAAGUUAAACAGAUUCAAUAUCAAAAAGAACUUCAGGCCAUGCAUGAGUUCAUAUUAGCUCAGCAGCGCCUGAAGAUGCAGGAGCAACAGCUGAUGGAGUCGAUUGAGGGAGUAAAUUACUCAAAAAAGCCAAGGAAAACUGUUGAUGGCCUAGAAGUCAAGUACGAGUAUGAUUCCGAUGAGGAUUGUGAAGGUGGCACUUGGGAGCAUAAACUCAGAGCUGCAGAAAUGGAAGCCACUCGGGACUGGGCGGAAAAGUUGACUGAGAUGGGACAAGGAAAACACCACAUAGGCGACUUCUUGCCACCCGAUGAACUGGAACGUUUCAUGGAAACCUAUCGUGCUCUUAAGGAGGGUCGUGAGCCCGACUACAGCGAGUAUAAACAAUUUAAGCUCACCUGUGAGAACGUUGGUUUCCAAAUGCUUGAGAAAAUGGGCUGGAAAGAGGGCGAGGGUCUUGGUGUCUCCGGUCAGGGUAUCGUCAAUCCUGUCAGCAAGGGUAAUGUUCACGUGGAAGGUGUUGGUCUUGGGGUGGAGAGAUCAUCCAAUCUUACCGUCGAAGAUGAUGAGUUCGAGGCCUAUCGGAAGCGGAUGAUGCUGGCCUAUCGGUUUCGUCCUAAUCCGUUGAACAAUCCGCGCCGAGAUUACUACUAG